AUGUUAUUAAAUUUAUCGAGGCCUAUAAAGAAAGCAAGUAUUAUGGGACCCCAGCCACAAAAGCUAUUACAACAGGAAUCUGAAGCAGGAGGCCUGGAACUCUCCGUCGAAAUGGAGUGUCCAGUUGGCGAAUUGAAGAAAAAGAUGGAUUAUUUGUUGGCUGCCCUUCGCCGUGAAAAAUCAAAAAUCGCUAAAACCAGCACAACAGGAAAAGGAGCUGAUGAAGUAUACCAGUCUUCUUGGUUCGCUUUCAAAUAUUUGCAAUUUCUGAUGGACAGAAACAAGCUUCGCCCGAGAAUUAAUACUGAAGGCCAAGACCGCACUUUGAAGGAUAAUACAUCUGUAAAUGACGAAAAUGACGACAUAGGUGAAGAUCAUGAUCAGUCACAAGAUAAGCAACCCUGUUCCACCGCGAGCACUGAAUCGGACAAAACAACCGAUAAUGCAAAAAAUUCAUCAAAGUCGCAAUUCAAAGCUCCACUUCCGAAAAAGAGAAAAUACGUCGCGAACCAGAACCCAAUGUUGCAAUCGGCAUUUGAUUUGCUGACAUCAUCAGCUUCGGCUGCUAAAGCGGUAGCUACUGCUUCGACUGCACCUGCUACUGGAUUAGACCAGUAUCAGCUAUACGCUAAUUAUUUGGCAGGCAAAUUUAGGGGUUAUUCCAAGCAAACCUACAUGACUGUGGAACAUCAAAUAAACAACAUCCUAUAUAACGCUGAUUGUGGACAAUAUGACUAUCAGCGCGGGUACUCCACUCCGGCAUCUACAUAUCCCAUGGCAGAGACUACAACUCCACAAAUGUCUGUUAAUUCUUCUUAUAGAAACAGAGCACAAAGUUUAGCCCUAGCAGAAACUGAACUGGGCAAUUUGCGCGAUCAUGACUAUUGUGAAGAUACGGAUACGUAUACGUUGGCUUUAGCCAACGUGUACAACGUUAUAUUAUACAUUUUGGCUUUCAGCCAACGUGUACAACGUUAUAUUAUACAGCAAGCGAUCACAACAAUUGUGAUACAAUGGGAAGAAUUAAAAUUUCAGCGUCUGCACCUUUAACCAUAGGCACCGGAAGGAGUGCCAUAUCAUACGAAGUAGGUGUGUGACAAUCUUUAAAUUUUACCGGGUUGCUGCCAUUAUGACGACAGGGCUGGUCAAAUUCUAAUGUCAAUGAAUAAAUUUACCUAAUUCAAACAAAUCUCAACGUAAAUCACAAAAACAUCAUCUUUUUCCUAUUUUUUUAUGGUAGAAAUUGGUCUCAUAAUGAAAGUUUGAAUCGUAUUUAAAUUUCGUAGAGGUCUCGACCACUAAUAAAAUUCAUACUGUUUAAAUGAGAUCAUUAAUAAAAAAAACUGCAGGAGUCGACGCUGAUAUUGACAAAGAUUUGGAGGAUCUUGGCAGUUAUGUUGACGUCGUCACCAAGCUCGUCAAUUUUUGGUUGCGGCAGCGGGACGUUCGAAUUUCCCGUGGAAUUCGACGACUGAGGAUCCCGGCCUUGUUGAAGCGAUGCAAGAUAUUGAUACCGAAGCUAAUGUUGCUCUUCGGGGCCUGAGUCUGAAAAAUACCUUCACUUUGAUUGGAGGGGAGAUUCAUAUAAUUUUGAGGGAAUUAGAGAAGAAUUAAUAGGGCACUCUGGGGCCUGACUUCUUUAACCCUUUGCAACCGAUUCUAUACGAGCGUGACGAUCGAGGAAUAUUUUUCUUGGAGCGCAGCAGAUUUAUUUUUGUCAGCGCAAACAGCUUCACACGGUCAUGCGGACUUUUGCCGCUAAUUUAAACAAAAUACCGACUUUCUACAACCUACCAGUAGCCUGCGGACCGUGACCAAAGAUGACUGCGUAUUUUGGCGAAGAUGCGCGAUCACGUAAUUACAUUCUUUUCUUACUUUUUACAUUCCAUGUUCAUUAUUUUUGUUGUUAUAGCUUACGAUGAUAAACAAAUAAUAAGAUAACAAGUUUGCAAUGUAAAUAAUGGCGUUUUCUUAUUACCUACAACGUCAUAUACAUGGAUCGUCACGAAUCCACCAUUUCUAACUAUCGUUUUUCUUUGUACCUGAGUUUACACUUCUGUUUCUUUGUUUUUUUGAAACAACUCUUGCCGAUAUUUAUAACAAAGUUAUCAAAAAUGCAAAAAUUUGUAGAACUCGGCCGGCCACCCUAAUUCGGCUGAAAUAUUACAAGGUAUUGUUGGGCGGGCAUACGCUUUCCAGACCAGGAAUCACUAGAUGGAAAUAGCCUUUAUGAUGGCCGAAAACAAAUUUCAUCCAAACAAGAUAAGAAUGUCCAGUUGUAGGUACGUGGCAUUGGGAGUAACAAACGUUUUACGUACCAAUGAUUUUCAAUACAUAAAUGAAUAUAUGCGUUGUUCAAAACCAAUAGCAGAAGCCCUGGAUAUAAUAAAAUACGAGCAAAAUAUAUAUUACGGUAUUUUGCUGCCAUGUUUAGUAUCCCUGCGAAAAAAAUUGCAAAAACAGGACAAAUGGAUGGCUUGUAUAAAUAUAGAAUAUCAUUCCAGAAUCAAAUCUGUUUUUAAGGGAGCUGUUGUCAAGGAAAUUCAUGAAGCACCUGAAACUUUUCAAGAUACCCCAAAUACUAGAUAUGAAGACAGCUAUUUCGAGUUUGACACUGAAUAAGUUAAAAAAAUAAUAGAA